AUAUGAUGGGUAGAAGCAAGUUUUUGAAAUAUUUAUUCCUUACCAUAUACAUCUCAAGUUUUGUGCGUGGUUUGGCAUCUGAAAAUUGUCAAGAUCGUCGAAAACUUUGCAUGACAUUGUGUUGUGAAAAAUGGAAAUCUUUCAACUUGAACUCAAAACGUUGUGAGUCAUUAGACAAAGCGGCAAACAUCUCAUGGAUGAAGCGCAUGCCAUUGGGCCGUAAUUAUGUUAGAACCAUAAGUGUACUAGAUGAUUUUGAUCAUAAGGUAGAAACCCCUUGCAGUGCUCCCCUAGAAGUUAUAGACAAUGAACCAAAUACAUUAAACUUGGAUCAUAUUUUUGGCGAUUAUUGUUUUACCCCUCAUCGCCUUGAGUUAGGAGGAAAAUAUACCCUACUUCCACUUCCCAAACAAUGUAUAGCUGUUAAAGAAGAAACUAAUGUUCAGGAAAAUGAAGUUGAGGCGUUGAAAAAUGCCUAUUUAAUUCCAUAUUUUACUGCCACAAUCCUCUCUACGCUUCUCAUGCUAGCGACGAUUUUGGUCUAUGGAACACUGAAGGAACUGCGUGAGAAGAUCAAUUCAAAACUUUUUAUAUGCUAUGGCAUUUCAAUGAUGAUACCAAGUAUUCUUAUGAUGCCAGCUGUCUAUGAUUAUCACUAUCCAUAUUUGGAACAGUAUGAAAAAGAUAUUAUCAGCAAAACUAUGUUUUAUUUCGGCAUCUCAAGUCUUCAAUGGUCGAAUGUUACUUGUUUCGAGAUGCGUCGAACAUUUCGACAAAUAAAUACGGAACGCAAUUGGAAAAAGGAUUUAAAACGUUUCUUGUGGUAUUCUUUGUAUGUUUGGAGUAUAUCCUUUAUACUGACUAUGGUAGCAUGGAGAUUUUCUCUUCGGAAUAUGCAUGAGGUUUUGCUUGUACCAUACAUUACGGUCAACACAAUUGUAUUUGUAAUUCUAAUAGUGGACGUUUUGAGAACGCGUUUAAAAGUGGCCAAAUUAAAAGAGGAAAAACAUUCUGUGUGGCAAAUUUUACCAACUAUUUUACGCAUAUUUGCCAUGAUGGGUCUCUCUCAAAUCACCCAUUACUCAGUAGUUCUUGUAACAUUUCUGAAUGAUACUUCAAUAAUUAAAAUUAUUAUGAUAUUUACUGUAAUCUCCACUUUGGAUGCUCUGCUAAUUUUCAUACUCUUUGUUAUGAAAGCCGAGGUUCGCAGUGUUUUGAAAACAAGAAUCUGCUGUUGUCGUAAACAGUACAAAAAGGACCCGCAAACCAAUACCAUGUCUCUAUAAAAAAUACAAGUCUUAUUAAUUCUUUUACACUACACAUAACCACAAAUAAAAGAUAACGAAUCAUAGACAA